CAUAGUGAAUCAAUUUAGAUCAUCAAAACGUACCCCACACGAGCCCAAAAUAAGGCAAACUGCACCAUUCCAGUUGGGUAGAAAGCCUGUCCCUUCCCAUGACCAGUAAGCAAAGAGGGAAAAAGACACAGCGCCACUGUAAUCCACACUUACUUCCCUCCAAUUUCUUUCCUUCCCCUCCCAAGAUCUCACCUACAAAACCUUUCUCUUUAGUCAAAAAAGAACUCUGUCUUGUUGGUCCACCACAUAGUAACAAUCAGUAACAUUCCCCCAAAUUUAAAAAAAAUCAAAUCCACUUUCCACUAAUCUUUGUAAUCUAGUAGAGUUCAACCAACACACUUACGACUUAACUAAACAAAACAAAAUCAUGGUAAAAUCAAUCCAAAUGAUUCCCCAACUGUAAAGCCAAGCAAACCAAGAAAAUCAAGAAAACAACCUCCCCUUAGAUACAGAGUCCACCACAAGAAAAAAUCCACCACCACCGCCACCUCUCUCUCUCCUCCUCCACUUCCACUUCCACUUCCCCUUCCCCUUCUCUCUCCUCCAAGCCAAACCCACAAAAACCCACAACCCACAAAACUCCACAGAAACCCACAAUGCCUUCACGCCAGUUCUCCUCUCCAAACCCUAAGCCCACCCUGCUCUUCCUCACCCUCACCCUCUCCUUCUCCCUCUUCCUCUUCUGCGCCGUCCUGUACCUCCUCUACCACCUCUACUCCUCCUUCCUCCGCCGCUCCCGAACUCUCCCCUUCGACUCCCCCUCCUCCUCCCUCCUCCACCUCCAGAGAUUCAGCUACAAGGAGCUCAAAUCUGCUACGAACGAGUUCAGCGCAUGUAAUUCCAUCGGAAAAGGCGGGUCCGGUACGGUCUUCCGGGGAAUUCUCCGCGACGGGAAGCUCGUCGCGGUCAAGACCCUCGACUCGGCGUCGUUUCAGAACGAACGGGAGUUUCAAAAUGAGGUAGAGGUACUGGGUGGUUUGAAUUUGAAGUCUCCCUUUAUUGUUUCCCUAUUGGGGUUUUGCGUUUACAAGAGUAAGAGACUGUUGGUUUAUGAGUACAUGCCGAAUAGGAGCUUACAAGAGUCUUUGUUCGGCGAAAAUUGGAGGGUUUUGAAUUGGGGGAGAAGGUUCGAGAUAGUUCUAGAUGUCUCUAGGGCGCUUGAGUUUCUUCAUGUUGAAUGUGACCCACCUGUGAUUCAUGGGGAUGUCAAGCCUAGUAAUGUGUUGCUUGAUUGGGAGAACAGAGCAAAGCUUUCUGAUUUCGGGUUGUCUAGGGUUAAGAAUGAGGGUGAGUUUGGUGUUGUUGAUUUGUUUAGUCAGGAGCUUUCAGGGAAUCUGGCCGGAGGGGGAGGGGAAACACCGGGGAUAGGGACUCCGGCGGAGAGCUGUAAUGAGGUGGAUUUCGCUCUCGCUUUGCAAGCUUCUUGUUCUUCGAAAAAUAGUGGGAUUGUGAACUUGAAUUCGUUCGCUUGUAAUUAUAAUGGCAAUGUUGGGAGGGAGAAUGAUGGUGGAAGCAGGGUUGAAAAGGGUAAGGAGGUUUCAAUUUGGAAUUUUGAAAAUGGUGAUGAUUGGAAUAAGGGCGUGAUUUAUGAUGAUGAGGUUUUUAGUGCUGAUCAUAGUAAGGAGUUGAAAUUGAGCAGUGAGUCAAAGCAGUGGGGAAAGGAUUGGUGGUGGAGACAAGAUGGGAGUGGUGAAUUGUGUAGUAAAGAUUAUGUGAUGGAGUGGAUUGGAAGCCAAAUUUGCGCGACAGUGAAUGCCGAUUGGGAUGAGGAAAAGAAGAGCUCUCCGGAGAACACUAACCGGGAAAAUUUUGUUCGGUUGGAUAACCUUAAAGAGGCAAAUGAAACCCAGUUACACGACCCUAAGGGUUUUGGGACUGAAGUAUCAAGGGGGUGGGAACCGCGGAAGAAGCAUAGAAAGAUGCAGGAGUGGUGGAAGGAAGAGUACCUUGAUGAAAUUAGCAAGAAGACUAGUGGUAAUAAGCUAAAAAGGCUCGAAACCAAGUAUAUCAAGAAGGGUUUUAGAAUUCCUCGUUUUGAGUUGAUUAGACGCUGCAAGUUCCACAAAAGGAGAAAAUUCGGAAAUAAUAACCGCAAUGGAGUGGAUCCCAAUAUGGAGUUUAGUUUCAGGAGGGGGUGGAAGAACAAGAACAAUUGCUCUGGUGGUAGUGAAAUGUGGAGUGGCGAUUUAUUUAGUCGCGAGUUAAGUAGCACGACUAGCAUGAGAGGAACCCUAUGUUAUGUUGCGCCUGAAUAUGGUGGUUGUGGGUACUUAAUGGAGAAGGCGGAUAUUUACAGCCUGGGAGUUUUGAUACUUGUGAUUGUUUCCGGUAGAAGGCCGUUGCAUGUUCUGUCUUCGCCCAUGAAGCUUGAGAAAGCAAACUUGAUAAGUUGGUGCCGGCAAUUGGCUCAUUCUGGAAACGUAUUAGAACUUGUGGAUGAGAGACUAAAAGAUGAGUACAAUAAGGAACAAGCAAGCUUGUGCAUUAACUUGGCGCUCGCUUGUUUACAGAAGAUGCCCGAAUUGAGGCCAGAUAUCGGGGAGAUUGUUAAGAUUCUGAGAGGGGAAAUGCAUCUCCCUCCUCUCCCGUUUGAGUUCUCUCCUUCUCCGCCUUCUAAAUUGUUCAGCAAGUCUAGAAGGAAACAGAAGGCAAACGCAGAUUAGGCUUCGAAACAUUGUCUUGAUCAAUUUGCUUUGUCAGGGUUUUCAUGACUAGUGUAAUAUUGGAUAGAGAAGAACACGUUGUUUGUUCAAAAAGACUUGUUUUUUCUGGAAGGCUGAAGCUGUGUACCGUCAGGAAAGUUGUUGUAAUGUAUAAAAGAUGAAUUGGGUUCAAAUUUGUUUGCCACUUUAUAAAUGCACAGAUUGAUUCAGGUUCAUCUUU